AGAGAGUCGAGUGUCAAUGGAUAGCAUGCAGAGAUUUUCAUCACUUCCUGUUUAUCUGCCUGUAAAUUAUCACAUCUGUAAUGCUGAUGUCUUCUUUUUCCUAAAAGAGGUCAACCAAGACCUUACAAGGAACUCAAGUCUUCAGUCUCGAACAGAGUCUGUCUUCAUUUAUAAAGCCAAGGUGCCGCCAGGGAUAAAUGCUACAUAUGGGCCCUAUUCAGCAGAACAGACAGUACCAAAAAGUCUACUGAUGACCACAAGUACUUUCAGUUCUAGCAACAAAUUCACAUUCAACUGGCAAUUGAAAUCGCACAUAAUUGAAAGUUCCAUAUAUUCCAACAAACUUAAAGUGCAGGUUUUGUUUUACAUUGCAGGGAGAGACUGGGAAGACUAUCAUCCAGCAGAAAUUUUGCCAUGUGUUAAGAUGGUCGCUCUCAUAGGAAAUCGGGAAAUGUCAACAAGUUGUAGAUUAAAAGGGAAUUUAGGGGUAUGCGUAGCACAACUUGAGCUCUUACCAAGCUGGUUAAGUACUUCCCCUCCUGCUGAGGAUCAAAUUGAUUCUGCUCUUCCACAAGGAAUCCCAGUGGAGCUUCACCAACUCAUUUACACCACCGAAGAAGAUGAAGAGUGUUCUGCUGAGGAAACAAAAUGGUCUAGUAGUAACUCAGAAAAAGACACUGCAUACAAACUCUCACCAUCAAUGGAAAGGAUUGGCAGUGUUAUUGUAUAUCCCUUUCAAGACACUCUGAGGAUGUCUAUGCUGAGACUGGAUGACAAUAUAGUGAUACGUUUUCCGCCAAAUCCAGUUAAAGUAGGGGAAAUUGUAACCUUUUUCAUAGCAAUGGUUGGAGACUCCACUAUACAUCAGUUUAUGUUGAGGGUGAAGGCAGCUCUGGGCGCAAAAGUGAUGUCUGUGAAAGUGGAUAAUCCAGAUCAGUGGGAGCUACGGAGACAGGUGGAAAAUGGAGAGAAGUACACUACAGCAACGCUUAUGUGCGGCAGAUUAGGGCCAAUCACAAGAAACAAAUCCAACGACUCACUGAUUGAAAUUCUACAGAUGGACUUUGAAAUGGACAUCGGCAGUGCAGGCCUGGCAGGAGCUCAGCAGAUUACAUGGCAGGUGGAAUACCCAGAAGAAGACUCUGUCAGUGAACUGGUGAUCUCGGAAAUCUUUGUCAGUCAGAUAACGUUUGCAGGGAUCGUCCCUCUUGCUAUGGACACAGAACUCCUGAAUACAGCCAUUCUGACAGGAAGGGCAGUGUCUAUCCCUGUGAAGGUACUGGCGGUGCAAGAGGAUGGCUCUGUGAUUGAUGUGUCUGGCUCCACAGAGUGCAAAUCAGCAGAUGAAGAUGUCAUAAAGGUUUCAGACAGCUGUGACUCAAUUUAUGUCAAUGGAAAAGAGAUGAAAAGUAAAGUGGACACCAUUGUAAACUUCACAUACCAGCACUUUACUAAGCAGUUAGAGAUAACCGUUUGGACUCCUCGUCUUCCACUGCAAAUAGAGAUUUCAGACACGGAACUGAGCCAAAUCAAAGGAUGGAGGAUCCCAGUCAACAUUAAUAAAAGACCCACCAGAGACAGUGAAGAUGAAGAGGAUGAUGAGAAGAAAGGGCGAGGAUGUUCCCUGCAGUACCAGCAUGCAAUGGUGCGUGUCUUCACUCAGUUUGUAGCAGAGCCGUCUGAUGUCGGAGGUCAAAUUAACUAUAUGUUGGGUCCUGAUUGGCAGUUUGAUAUUACUGAACUUGUGAGUGAUUUCAUGAAGGUAGAAGAUCCCAAAAUUGCUACAUUGGAAUCUGGGAAAGUUCUAGUUGGCAGAGACCAAGGAAUAACCACUGUCCAGGUCCUCUCACCUCUCUCUGACUCCAUCUUGGCUGAGAAGACUCUGACGGUGCUGGACGAUCGUGUAGGAAUUGUCGAGCUAGGAGUUCAGCUUAUCAGUAGCCUCUCCUUUUCCAUACAAGCAAAUAAAGAGAACAAAAGAGCAAUCCUUACCACAACUUCAGCCAGCGAUAUCCUGCAUGAUUUCAAACAGGAAGCAGUCAUCAGCGUUUGGACAUUGUUUAGCGAUGGCUCAGUAACGCCGCUUGACAUUUAUGAAAACAAGGACUUCUCGAUUUCAGUAUCUUCUCUGGAUGAGAUGGUGGUAUCUACCUAUCAGAACCCGCUAUCAAACUGGCCAAUUGUGGUUGCAGAAGGAGAGGGUCAGGGACCCCUAAUAAAACUUGAGUUGGGGAUAAGUGAGAUAUGCCAAAAGUCAAAACGGAAGAGUAGCCUGGCUGUUGGAACUGGCACUGUAAAGGUUAAAUUUGGCCAAAAAGAUUCUGACCAGAAAGGAAACAUUAAUGAAAUUCAUGCUUCAAAUGAUGAUUUCAAGAAACAUACAAGUAAAACAACAGAGAAGAUUGCAGAACAAGAAAGGGGAUCAAAUGAAUGGCCCAAACAUGGGACAUCAGCAGUUAAUUUUGAGGACAAUGCAAACAAAAACUCAACGUCUGAUUCUCCAAUUGAUUUCCAAAAAAAUGAUGGUCGCUUUCUUAUUAUACCUAUAACUUAUACCAUUUUCCCCACACGAAUAGGCUCCUCAGGACACAGUCAGGAGAGUGAGAUCACACAACCAUCCAGAGGGCUAACAGACCUAGAAAUUGGGAUGUAUGCCCUUCUCUGUGUGUUUUGUCUUGCAAUAAUGGUCUUCUUAAUUAAUUGUGUCGCAUUUGCUUGGAAGUAUAGGCACAAAAGGUUCCCUGUGGCAGAUCAGGCCAAUAUACCUCACUCUCAUGACUGGGUUUGGCUUGGAAAUGAGGUGGAGUUGCUGGAGAAUCCAGUAGAUGUUCCUCUUCCUGCAGAAGAGUGCACAACCAUGAUUGACAGACGAUCACAAUUUGAAGAGAGCAACCUACUUUUAAAUGGAAGUACACAAAAGAACCCAUACAGCCAAAUACUUAGAUCAUCUGACUACACCUAUGAAAAAGAAGUUCAGAAUGAGCCAUUAAAUCCAGGGGGAUCCAAAAGGAAGAGGGUAAAGUUCACAUCAUUUACUACUAUCCUACCUGAGGAAGGGGGUCCUUAUACUAAUGCAGUUAUAUUUGGAAAUGAAGACAAUAUCAAAUGGGUUUGCCAAGAUAUGAAUCUUGGGGACUCACGAGAGCUUAGAGACUAUAUGGACAGUCUUCAGGACAACUUGUAAAAUAUUUUCUUAUGUUUAUAUUCACCUUUAUGACUUCUAUUUUUUGAGGGUGGCACUUUCCAAUCAGCAAUAGAGAAGCAGAAGCUAUCUAUCUUAAGUUUAGGUCAAUUUAAUGUGACAGUACUGCCACUAAACCUGUAACAGGUCUUUUGGUACUAAUAUUUCAUGGGUGAAAGUUGUAUGAUAGUUGUGUACAACAUCUCCAGGUAAUCAAUGAUAAGCAGCAUAUUAACCAUGAGUAACAACUGCAAAAGGGGCCUGCGGCUGUGAUUGUACAUUAUUUAAUGAGGGGUAAUGCAGAGGCUAGAGCUAUAGUCUUAUAAUCACCUUUGUUCUAUGAGACUGUAAAUCAGUGUAUUAUAUCCAGUAAAAGGACACCAUUGGGUCUGGUGUCAUAUUAAAAGCA